GUCGGUCAAUAUGAUGUCGGGAAUAUUUGUAUGGUGGCGGGUAGAUAGUUAUAUUUAUUUAAUAAACCAGUUUACUGCUAACUCUCGCCUAUCAUUGACGCUGCAUUGGCGACGAGGAUUACAAUUUAUCCGUUUUAAGAUUCUCAAUACGCGUGUAGUUUUGUAUUGUGUCAGUAUUAAGAUGCCUAUUGGAAAGUUAGAACCGUUUAACUUAAGUUCUAAGCAGUGGCCGGCAUAUAUACGGCGGGUUAAUCAGUACAUUUUACUGAACGACGUGAAAGAUAACCUAAAAGUGCCGAUGCUAAUAACAAUCGUGGGCGAAUCUACGUAUUCGCUGAUGUGUGACCUGUGUUCUCCUGACUUUCCUGAAAAUAAAUCUUAUGAAGAUCUAGUGAAAUUAGUGGCAGAUCACUUGGAACCGCAGCGAUCCGAGAUCGCCGAGCGCCACGUGUUCCGGUUGAGACGACAACGUGCUGGCGAGCCCUUGGCUGAGUACUUACAGGCUCUCAAACAUCUAGCAACGACUUGCAACUUUGGCAUAUGUAGGAAGUGUUCUAGUCUGGAGGAAAACCUGAGAGAUCAGUUUGUUUCGGGCUUGGCAAAUGACGCAAUGCGUUCUAGAAUCUUUGCCGAAAGGAAGAUAGAAUACAAGGAGGCGGUGGAGUUAGCACUAGCUCUGGAGGCCGCAGAAAAGCACGCGGAGGUGAGCGGCAGCACGGGCCUGCCGACUACGACCUCGGGUGCCGGCGGCGACGCGGGUGAAGACCUGCACUAUACGCGCGGGGCGCGCGGGCGAGGACACGCUCGCGGGGCGCGCAGCGCGGGCGCAGCGGGUGCGCCGGAGCCGGCUGGCGCGGAGGGCCCGGCUCGGGGCGCGGUGGCGCAGGCAUGCUGGCGGUGCGGUAAGGCGCAUCGCGCGGACAGGUGCCGGUAUGUAAACUAUAAUUGUGAUUUGUGUAAACAAAGAGGUCAUUUGCGAGUGAUGUGUAAAUUUGUGAAAAAUAGUGAAACUCAGCAAAACUAUAUCAGUGGUGAGGAAGAUUGUGGCGAUAUUUUUAAUAUUGUGGGUAGGCGUAAGGACAAUAAACCGUAUUUCAUUAAUGUAAUCAUAGAUAACUUCGAAACUAAGUGCGAAAUUGAUACUGGUAGCCGCAUUUCGGCUAUUAAUGAAGAAAUGUAUUCCCGCCAAUUUGCUCAUAAAUCGAUUAAGGCAGAUAAUUUGAUAUUACGUAGUUACGCCGGUUCACCAAUUGUAUCACUUGGUUAUAUUGAAGUUAAAGUUAGAUUACAAAAUGUGGAAGUGAAUUCCUUGCCCCUGUAUGUAAUUAAAAACGGAGCACGUCCUUUAUUAGGAAGAGACUGGUUGCGCGCCCUUAAAGUAAAUCAAAUUAAUCUAUAUAAAAUAACCGAUGAUCAAUUUGUGAACCGGUUAUGCGCGGAAUUUCCGGAAGUAUUUACAGAUAAGUUAGGGACGUGUAAGCGAACCAUUCAAUUACAACUGACUAGCGAAGAACCUGUGUACGUCCGAGCGAGGCCCGUGCCUCUGGCGUUGCGCGCGCGCGUCGAGCACGAGCUGGCGCGACUGGAGGCCGACGGCUCCAUAUACCGCGUCGAUUACUCGGACUACGGAACGCCGAUAGUUCCGGUCGUAAAAAAAAAUGGAGAUAUACGAAUAUGUGGAGAUUAUAAAAUUACAAUCAAUCCUAAGCUAAAACGUGAUUAUUAUCCUUUACCCCGCAUUGAGGAGUUAUUUGCGAACUUAAGCGGAGGGGAGAAAUUUACCAAAAUUGAUCUCACUCACGCUUAUGAACAGUGUCUCUUAACAAAAGAGUCACAAGCUUAUACAGCGAUCACAACUCACCUGGGGACAUAUGCCUAUCGCCGUACGCCAUACGGUUUAGCAUGUAUACCAGAAAAAUUCCAAAAACUAAUGGAAGAGACCUUGCGUGGUAUACCUGGUUGUGUCGUGUUUUUAGAUGACAUAUGUACCACCGGGACUAAUGAUAAAGAGCACAUAAGUAAUUUACGAGCGGUACUCGCAAGGUUACGUGACACAGGUUUAACAGUUAAGUUAAGUAAAUGUAGUUUUUUACAAGAAAGUGUUAAAUAUUUAGGUUUUAUCAUUGAUAAAAAGGGGUUACGGCCCGACCCUGCCAAACUGGAUGCUAUUUCCAGUGCACCCAGGCCGGAAAAUAUAACACAGCUAAAAAGUUUCUUAGGAAUGUUGAAUUAUUAUGGAAAGUUUAUUAGUAAUUUAAGCACGUUAUUAUAUCCUUUACACAAAUUGUUAAAAAAAGAUAUUCGCUGGCAGUGGGGUCACAGUUGUGAGCAGGCGUUUAUAGAAGCUAAGCGUGCUCUCCUGGGCGAGCGAGUACUAGCACAUUAUGAAGAGGGGCGACCGCUUGUGCUUGCGGUCGACAGUAGUGCGUAUGGGCUAGGCGCGGUGCUGGCACACCGCUAUUCUGAUGGCAGUGAGCGCCCAGUUAGCUGUGUGUCUCGCACUUUGAACGCAACCGAGCAAAAUUAUAGCCAGCUAGAUAAGGAGGCGCUCGCAAUAUUGUUUGGUGUAAUAAAGCAUCAUCAAUACUUGUUUGGCAGAAAGUUUAUAUUACGCACGGACCAUCAGCCGUUAACGCACAUAUUCGGUAAUAAGGGUGGCAUACCACAGACAGCGGCUAGUCGGCUACAGCGCUGGGCGGCACGCCUGGCCGCAUACGACUUUACGAUUGAAUUCGUGCGCUCAGCGGACAAUGGACCGGCCGAUGCAUUAUCUAGGCUGCCGUUGCCUCAGGAGGGUCGUUUGGUGGAUGCAGUAAAUUAUAUUAAUUUGAUAGAGGAUUUUUUUCCUAUUAGUUUUAAGGAUGUAGCUCGAGAAACUGAAAAAGAUUCAUUGUUAAGUAAGAUAAAGGGUUUUGUAAAUUUUGGUUGGCCGUUGACGGUGAACGACACUGAGAAACCAUAUUUUGUAAGAAAACAGGAUUUGUCUGUAGAAUUGGGCUGCCUCAUCUAUAGGUAUAGGAUUAUAAUUCCCACUUCAUUACGAAAACAAGUUUUAAAUGAAAUCCACGAAGGUCAUUUGGGUAUGAAUAAAAUGAAGAACUUGUCGCGAAGUUAUGUGUACUGGCCCAAUUUAGAUAAGGACAUAGAGGACUUGUGUCGUGCGUGUACGGCGUGCGGCGUGGUACGCGACGCGCCGCCGCACGCGCCGCUGCACCCAUGGGAGUUCCCGCAUCAUCCCUGGCAGCGCGUACACGCGGACUUUGCGGAUUGUGGGGGAACACGAUAUUUAAUCAUGGUUGACGCGAACUCUAAAUGGAUCGAAGCCAUUGCUAUGCGAAAGACGGACGCGCAAGCGACUAUCGCAGUAAUGAGAAGUAUUUUUUCUCGGUUCGGGUUACCGUCACUACUCGUCACCGACAACGGUCCUCCAUUUUUCUCGCAGGAAUUCAAAACGUUUUGCCAAAAAAACUGUAUAAAGCACGUGACCUCGGCUCCUUACAGACCGCAGGGAAAUGGAGCUGCGGAAAAUGCGGUAAAAACCGUUAAGAAGGCGAUCAAACGCGCUAAGUACGAGGGGGAGGACGUUGCCACAGCCCUAAAUAAAUUUUUAUUUCAAUACCGAAACUGUCAACACUCAACCACGGGUGUUUCUCCUGCAGUAGCGUUGCAAGGACGUAGGCUCCGUGGCCGCCUCGACGCACUUCGGCCUGACGUGUCGACUGUUGUGCGCGCCGCUCAAGAGCGGCAGGUAGCCGCGGCGGGCGGAACGCCGCGUAUCCUGGCGCCUGCUGACGCAGUGCUGGCGCGCGACUACACCGCGAGAGGGGAAAAAUGGGUACCGGGUACCAUAGUCGAACAGACUGGACCCGUCUCGUACAAAGUUGACAUAGGGCGCGGAGAAAAUUUGCGAAGGCAUGUUGACCAAAUUAUGCCUAUAGGCAACAAGAAUCGCCAUUCGUUAUCCCGCACUAGCAUAGUUUCUAGGGAUAAUGAUGUAGCAUCUGAGCAGGAGACCCCUUCGGUUUGUGAGGAGUCUGGAAACACAUUUGAGGAUGCGUCGGAUGGUGUUGGUGAGAAACUACAAACUACUGGGUCUGAAACAAUCUCGAAGUCGAGAACAUCGCCACCACCACCCGGUGCGUCUGCCCGUGCUCUGCGAGCAUAUAAUCGGGCUCGGCAGGAACCUAUAGAUUAAGAUGGUAUUAGUGUUUAGUUACUUAGCGUGUAAGGGGAUAAGUUUAUAGCUUAAGGGGGAGAAAUGUACCGUCGGUCAAUAUGAUGUCGGGAAUAUUUGUAUGGUGGCGGGUAGAUAGUUAUAUUUAUUUAAUAAACCAGUUUACUGCUAACUCUCGCCUAUCAUUGAC